AUGGCGGGUGAAGCACCAGCCUCGGGCGGCUGCGCAGCGAGUGCGCCCGCAUCGUCGGUGGAAGCAGAGCCCGGGAUGAUGUCAGUCCAGGCGAGAUCGACCUUAGAGUCGGCGAGUGCGCGAGCGCAGAGUUUCCUGAGUCAGGUGAAGCAGAGCCGGCACGAGCGCAGCGCCUCUGGAACCGGACCAACGUUCGUCGGCUUCCACGUCAGGCGAACCGACUACGGCGCCCACGUGAAGAAGCUGUUCCACGGAGACCUCCCCGGGGUCAGCUUCUUCAAGCGCGCGAUGGCCUACUACCGGGAGAAGUUUGCCGGCGGCGUCGCGUUCAUCGCUGCUUCGGACAGCCCACGCUUCAUCAGGGCAACGCUGAGUCAUAACCCAGACGUCUAUUUCGCUCCAGGAGGGUCGCCGGUGCUGGACUUGGCCGUGCUCGUGUCCUGCAACCACAGCAUCAUCACACUGGGCAGCUUCGGCUUCUGGUCCGGCUUCCUGGCAGGGGGAGAGGUCGUUUAUCCAGACACCAGGUUUCGGCGCCCAUAUAGAUUCGCCAGGUGGAUGUACGAGGCAGCGCAUCUGGACAACUUCACGCCGCUACCAGCUUAGAUUCGAGUCCCACUCCAAAACCUGAGGUCGAAAGGCCGAUAAACGGCUGCGGAAACGGGAAUAAGGAAACGUGGCAAAGGCUUGUUCUUUAUUAUCUCUCUCUCUCUCUCU